UGUUUGUAUUUAAUUUCCAUUUUAGUUCAACGCACUUAUGAUCAAGAAUUUUUUCCUAUAAAACAUUUAUUUUUUGCUAUAAUUUACAUCAGUUACGAUUUAUUCGUUGAUUAGUUAACAACUUUUACAAAACUAAGAAAAACACCAUCAGCAACAUGAAGUUCGCCGUAUUCACCGUAGUCGUGCUUGCCUUAGUCUUCCGUGCUCAAUCAUCUAUCAUUGGAUUGGAAGGUCUUGGACCAAUUCUCUCUGUCUCAAACCCAACCAUUGGAUCAGUGGUAGUUCCUGGUGGAUCAGUUGCCAUUCAAGCCUCGGUCCCUCAGCCAAACUUGGGAAGUGUUGCUAUUCAGGCUUCAAAUGUUCUGCCUUCCAUUGUGAGUGUUGCUCAAGCUCCAAUUGCUGUGAAUCUUCCAACUCAAGUUGUUGUUGGAGCUGCUGAGGGAACAUAUGUUGCCAAGACCCGUGGUGCUGUUCAUGUUGCCCCACUCCCAGGACACGCCCAAUCUGCUGCUUCAGUCAAUCUAGAACCUGCACCAGGAACUUUGUAAAGAUGAUCACGUUACUGAUGAAAUCCCCCCAUUCUGACGCCCCCUUCCACCCCCGCCUUUUGUAACAAAACUUCUUGAAUCUUAUUAAAAAUUAAGACUGAAAUAUUUUUAAUUUUUUGUCUGCCAAAUAA